UGCAGGAGGCUGUGGUGAAGGGACGAGUUCUGCCAGUACAAACUGAAAUCAGUCUCAGCUUCGUAUGAGCUGAUAAAGAUGCUUCAAUCAAACAUGCAUCAAGAGAAUAAAUCACAUUUCAGCACUGAUUAAAGAGAAUGUACCCUAAAAAUACAAACAGCAGCAAAAACCCUCAUUUUGUUCUGUGUAGAGCUUUUUGCAGAAUAGUUUUCCAUGUUCAUGGCUUCACAGUUUCUCAGUAGAGAAGGAAGAGGAAACAGAAGAGGAACCAAUAGUUAGAUUCCUAGAACCAAACUUCAGAAUAAGAUGGUAUGGAGAUGUGAUCUGUAUAUAAAGGAGGCACAGAGCAGGUCUCCAGCACAGAUCAGACCAGAUCAGCCCUGAAGAUUAAAGGCUUUCAUCCAAACAGAAGAAGAACAUCUGUGUCUGUCGGGGAACCAUGAAGACUCUGGUGACUCUCGUACUUCUGACUCUGAUCUGCUUCCUGCGUCACACCUCUGCCGGUGAAAUGGGCGUGUCAGUGAUACACAUGGGACAAUGUUGUCCAGAAAAGAGUCAAACAAAGAUUCCUAAGCAAAGGGUGACAAAUGUGAAGAAGACCCCAGGCCAGUGUGUUGAAAACGCAUUCAUAGUCACAACAGUGUGUAAUAAGCAGAUUUGCAUUGAUGGCGAGAGUGCCUGGGCGAAGAACCUGUGGGUAGAAUUUAAGAAGUCGGCUGCAAACGGCUCACCUCUGUCUGCCCCGUUCAAUCAGGCAAAGUGUGACACACCUCGAAAAAUGUGAGAAUGCUGCUCCUUUGUGCAUCGAUGAACAUUACAUGUUAUUUAAGUUCUUUUAUAAACAGAAUGUACAUGUCUGUCAGCGGCUGUUGCAGAACUUUAACUGAUAAUUAAUGAUGAUUAAUCAGAAAAGCUGCAGGUUGAAGUUGCUGCCUGUGUGUGAGAAAAGCUGUUUCUGGACCAGAAGCUAAAAUCAGACAGUUUCCUACAGACAGAAGAUCAAAGCUGAACAUGCGCUGUGCUUCCUGUUUUGUAAAUCAAGUGGGAUUUCUCCACAUGACUGAAGUUAUGAGGUGAUAAGUUGUACACGUGUGUAUAGGUGAUAGCUGUGUUCUGAUUUAAUAGGGUGCUUCGAAUGUGCAGUGUGUUUUCAUAUUCCUACACGAGGUUGUGCCUCCUUCUGAAUAAAAGCUUUAUUCUUGUA